CUCUUAAAUAACCUAAUAGUGUUGAUAGAGGCGUUAAACCUAUAACAUUUCCAUUUCAGAUUUCUGAAAAUUCCUGUCUAAGCGAGCGGACACGACAACUGACUAGAUGCUGAACUGUUCCUGUGUGUGAUGUAAGACACAGACGGACAGGAACAUUCUGGGUAAUUCAUCAAUUGCCUGCAGCACCUUCAUAAACUCGAGAGACUUGGACUCCACAAUUGUCAAGUCGUUCACGAGACAGAGACAUUGAGGAGAAAGUAGAGGUGGGCAAAAUCCGGUUAAUCUAUAAGGAUAACCGGAUCAUUCUCAGUGAAACAUCCGAAUUCAGGUUCUUAACUCGCUUGCCCGACCCGUUUGCCGAAGUGGGUGCCCCCAUUUGUCGAAGUGAUGUCAACCCAUUUGUCGAAGUGAUGUCAACCCAUUUGUCGAAGUGAAGUCAACCCAUUUGUCGAAGUGAAGUCAACCCAUUUGUCCAAGUGAAGCCAACCCAUUUGUCGACGUGAAGCCAACCCAUUUGUCGACGUGGUUCCAACCGUUUUGCCGAAGCAGUUCAAGUCAUAUUAUUUGCCAAAGAGGUGAGCUAACAUAUUAUCCGGAUUUUGCUAAAGUGACUCGUUGCCCAGCCUUGGGAGAAAAGGAGGCGGUCAGCAGAACCCGAGGGGACACCACGGCGUGGUGAACAUGAGUUCCAGGGAAGACAACGAUGGUGACUCACAGCCUUUACAAGGUGACUCACAGCCUUUACAAGGUGACACCAGAAAGCCCCCAGCAGACGUUACCAAAUCUUCCAGGCAUGUGGACGAGCUGUACAACGAGCUGGGAGACCCGGGAAGGUUCCAGAUCCUUGUGUUUGUCAUGCUGGCCUUCACCUUCCUGUCAGUCUCCUCCAACAUGGUGGUCGGUGUCUUCUUUUCCUACACGCCUGAGCAUGUCUGUGACGCUGCGGGGGACUUCCGGGUCAACAGAGGGGCGGUGAACUCCACUGACUCCCCACCCUACGCUGUGGGCAACAUCACCGGAUGGUCUACCUCCCCUGUGGUGGGGACACUGGUCAACGGGAACUUGACCAAUGUGACGUCACGGGGCUCCUGCUGGGCAGUGGUGGACAAUACCACACGGACCUGUGAUCGUGGACAGUGGAAGUAUGACCUGGAUGGUCCAGAAUCUUCAGCCGUGUCCGAU